AAUUCCUUGGCACUAAAGUCCAGUGAUCGCGGAAUGAAUAUCUUAGUCAGGGCACCGCUGUCAGGCGUCAUCAGCUACGAACUUUGGCGGGACGCGCUGAAGGUGGCAAUAAGCAACAUCGGCAUCUUCAGUGGGGGUUUCCUGAGCACUGCGCGCUUCAAUAUAUUCAAAACCAAGAUAGGAACAUUUUCAACUGUCGUAGCUCUAAUGCAACUAAUAUCUUCGCUUCUCUACGGACUCCUCUUCUACGCGCACGUUGGCUUUCUGUCUUCUGUUAGGGACACGGACAUCGAGCGCAUCUUGCAGAGCGCCGAUAUUGAACACGUGAUAAUGCCUGAGACCCUCACAAUUUUAGAUACGACGCGGUUUUGGUGCACAGUGUACUUCACCUGGUUGUUAGCCAAUGCCCUGGGGUACAUGAUGAUAGGUCCUGAAGUUAUACUCGAAGCGGUCGUUUUUGAAUUUCCAGGAUUUGCAAAGUUUCGGAACGAGCUCCGCUUAGCUGCCUGCUUGUGCUUCUACGUUCUCGGACUUUGUCUGACCACCACCUAUGGACCAUACAUAAUCAAGCUGCUCGUGCCUAACAUUGAAGUCCUUGCGGCGCUGUCUCUUUUGUUAGAAGUGCUGGUCAUCGUGCGAAUUUACGGUAUUCACCGCGUCAUUGCGGACUAUCACACAAUGACGGGUAACUACCCAAACCUAUUGACGCGAUUAUCCUGGACUUUCGGAGUGCCUCUUCAACUAACCAUGCUCCUGGCGAUCGAGGUAAUGGAGCCGUCUCCAGAAGGGUACAGGGGCGUUCGCUUUAGUUGCUUCGCGAAGCUGUUCGGAAUCUGGAUUAUCAUUGUCGCAGUCAGUUUCAUUCCUACCUACCUCUUCGCCCUUCUCACGGUCCACCCGUGGGAGAAGAUCAUGGCGCCAGCAACGACGUGGUUGCCCGAUGACAAGGUGGCUACUCGCGAGUACCUAGCUCUGCUGCGAGAAUUUGGCUACGCGUCGAGAAAGGGUGCCCUGCCUGACCAGCCGAGUCUAGCCACAAGUGGCCAGGUAAGCGUCGCUGCUGGAACGAGUCGCGGCGACACGAUGACCGUGGCGGAGACGAUAGACCCACGCGAGACGGUGGGCACCACGGAGCGGUCGGUCUCGUUCGCCCCCGGCGUGCUAACGACGCCCCGUUACAGCGAGAACUUCAACGAGCUGCUGGAGCGGCAGUUCGGACUCCGCUCUUCCAGGGUACCAUCCCGAGAGGCGACCUCUCAAGCAGGCUUUCUGGACGACACUUCUUCAAGCAUUCAGAUUAAGGUGCCCGGUUACGAGAGAAACAUCGACACCGUUCCGGCAUCAGUGUUUGCCAAGGAAGACGUCGAAGAGAUUCGAAAGAUUAUCCACAAUGUCGACACCGCGCUUCGCACUCUGUCCCCAGAAGACGCCGCCUUUGCGGAGAAAAUGGCCCUGGUCAACGGUGAACCUGCAAUGCGCGAUGCUGAGUUAUCGCUAGAGAGCAAGAGAGAGGCAGACAAAGGGCAGAGUUUGGCGGCUGCUGCGGCGCCACCGCUGCCUCAGCCAGAAGGCGACGACAAGCUUGCGAAGGACGCCGCACAGAAAAGCGACAGAAAACAAAGCGCGGUACCGAUUCCACCAGCUGCCCCGCAGCACCAACUCGAAUGUGACGUCAAGAAGACGAGCACCACUGGUACAGGAGGCAAAAUGGACAGCAGGCAAGGUCUUGUUGCAGCCCCUGAAUCAGCAACUCUUUUAGCGCAGCCGACAGAAGGUGGCGUAAAAACUCCAGAGCAACUCGCUGCGCAUUCUGGCAUCGAAAGUCCGUCACUCACUGAAAAGCACGCAGAGCAUUCGAUGGCCAAGGAACGGCCCGGGCAGAAGAGAAAGAAGAAUAAGCGGACGUCAUCUUCACGAUUACAAAAGAAGAGCGGCUCUAAGCAACUGUCCAAGGCUAAUAAAUCCGCCAGCAAGAAGCGCAAGUCAUCAGAGUCGGAGAGCGCUGACGUCAAUCAGGGCAAAGACAGCGCUGGGUGCAGCCCGAAGGACAGCGCUAAAGGCAGCGCUAUCGCGAGCCCUAGUGAGAUCGGCUCUAAGGGAAGCCCCACGUCAUAA